AUGUCAAGUCCAGUUCUCGCCCGGGGAAACUGCCAAACCGUUCCUCCCACGACCAUUGAUGUUAUGGACGCCUCCGACCCAGAUGGUUUCAAAACUGGCCAUAAAUUUCGCCUCGAGAGCACCGGUAAUCCCAUAGCAAACACGAAGAUCUCGGCUCUAACCUUCGCUCUCCCCUCCGGUGCCACGGGCUGUGUACUGCGGAUCCAUAAACCCCCGAUCGUCUCUGGCAACAACGUGGCGGACGUCUGGACGACUAGUCCGUGGAAUGCUCACGCGCCGCCUACCUGGAACAACCUCCCUCACAAAAAUGAGAUGGUAGGGAAGCUUAUCUUUCCAAAGGAUCGAUCAAGUCAAGAAGACGUGAAAAAUAUCGCGUCAAACGUUUGUUCGACCACCAUGAGUUACUUGGUGGAGUUCACCAAGCCACCGCCCAGCGAAGGGAGCGUCGAAUUUUACAAUACGGCGGGCUCUGGAUCAAAUAAUGACAUGGGCUUCGAUAUGCAGUAUAAUUGUUGA